UAGUAAUUCAAGUUCAGGUAACCAGCAAAGUCGUGAUUCUGAUCAUGUAUUUACGCAGGGAGAUAACCACGAUCUUGGAUGUGUGAGGUGGAAAAGGUCAAUCUACACAUCUAAUGUGUGUGUACAGUCAGUGAAACUCCGGUACAGCAUUCAUUCCGUUGUUUAGUUCCAUCAGUACCGCGCUGAGUGACAUCCGAGUGCACCAAUCACCAUCGCCAGCCACAUACACGCAUGCCCCGUUCAGAGCCCGGUCUUUGUUUUUGUGCGAGCUCUGCAGAAAGAUUUCCGCGUCUUGUUCCGCGACUGAUUUUCAGUGUACGCUAGACCGUUUUUGAACUAUAAAAACAUGUCUCGCUGAUGUCAAGCUGUAGAAACGGUUGUCUACUGUCCUGUCAGUGCUAGCUUGCUCAACAAACCUCGCGGUCACAUCUCCCAUGGAUUGGAUCCUAGACAUGUACCGAGUUGCCCAUGGACACAGGCACCAUCGCUAACUCUUCUAGCCAUUUCCUGUUUAUAUAUUGUGGAGUUAAGAGGCUUGUUGGUUCUAGUUUGGCCAGUUCACCUAUUAUAUUUUCUUCUUACGUUUCCCUUCCCAUUAGAGCGAGAUGGCAAAGCGCUCAUAUUGAUAAUGCCCAGCGAUUCAAUGCCACUUGUGUUUACUGUGUUUUAACCAACGUCGGUUCUGUGAGAGCUGACAUCGCAUGCAACGUCAAAAGAAAAUCAGUCGAAUCGGGGACAUUUGAAUCAGAUUGUUUGCUAUAGCUGUAAACGGCCACCGUAAUAACAGUGAACAGAAGAUGCCGGGUGGAGUUCGUGGGAAACGAGAAUGAUCAUCAGGGGAAUCGAAAGGGAAACGGAUCACCCGUGGCUGCUGCCUCACCAUCACCCGGCUUCUUUUAGGUCGGCGAAAGACCCGAAGGAGGAGGUUCGAUUGUCCACCUGUCCCCCUAUCCAUCGCCAAUGGCGCUCGGCAUGUUGGGGGGCGUGUGUGAGCGUGUGCGUGUGUGUGAGGCGGAGGAGAGUGUGUGUGAUGUGGAGGAGAUGGACACGUCGGAGCCGGAGUGGGCGUGGUCAUACAUGGCGGAGUGCGGACACUGGCACCUCUUUGGGAGUGACCCGUUCAGUGGGACCUCGGUCAGCAGUCGGAUGAUUGAGGAGAACUACCAGAGGAAUCGUCAAGGUUACAUGGAGUUCCGCACCCCGAAGCAUGCCUACAGGAUAGACUUUGCAGGUAUGAGGCAGAUUAACCUGUCUACAGGCAAACAGCGGGAGGUGAAGAGAGCUGUGCAGACCGUGAGCAGCUACAGGUCCACCUGUGACAGUCCUGCAGUGUCUCUACCCGGCCACUGGGAGGCAGUCAACUCUGACGAGUCAUACCAGCUGGUUCCGUUGGCCCAGGAUUCUCAUGAGUUCCGUGAGGUCCACAGCCUCUACAGCAGAACCAUGAGCAACCCCAUACGGGCCAUCUUACGCAUCCAGAACCCAGACCUCUGGGAGUUCUUCUGCAGGAAGCGUGCUCAGUUGAGUCGGAUGAGGAAGGGGGCGGAUGUUUCGGAGCGGAUGCUGUUCCACGGCACGGACGCCCAUAACGUUCCCGCCAUCUGCACCUUCAACUUCGACUGGAGGAUAGCCGGCACACACGGCUGCGUCUACGGAAAAGGUUCCUAUUUUGCGCGUGAUGCUAAGUACUCGAGUCGCUACUGCCGUAUUCCCCAGUCCAGUUCUCCGUGCUACACGAAGGCCUUUGGCUCCCCCUGCGGGCCGGCCGCGGUAGAGCGGCCCUACUACUGCCUCUUCAUGGCACGCGUCCUCGUAGGAGACUACACACUGGGGUCCAAUACGCUGGUGAUGCCUCCAAGUAAAGACGGGACGUUUGCCAAUCGCUUCGAUAGCUGCGUGGACGACGUUCCAAACCCCAAGAUCUUUGUGGUGUUCGACAGCAACCACGUGUACCCUGAAUACCUCAUCCACUUCUACCACUGACAUCGUGUGUGUGUGUGUGUAUGUGUGUGUGUGUGCGUGCGUGUACGUGUGUUCGUGUGUAUGUGUGUGCAACCACAUGUACCCCAUUACCUCAUCCACUUCUACCAAUAACCGUGUGUGUGUGUUUGUGUGUGUGUGUGUGUGUGUGUGUGUGUGUGUGUGUCUGUUUGUGUGUUUGUGUGUGUGUGUGUGUGUGUGUGUGUGUGUGUGUGUGUGUGUGUGUGUGUGUGUGUGUGUGUGUGUGUAUUGGUGGGUGUAGCGGUUUCAAUAUACUUGAUUUAGUUGUAUGAGUAUGUGUGUGUGUGUGGUUGGGGUUGUGGUUGAGUGAAUGGAUUGGAUCAAGCUGUUUCAACAUGCUGCGCAAAAAAAGACUUCUGGACCAUACGUGCCUGUUUAUGACACUACAGUACACACGUGUACGCGCACACACACACACACACACACACACACACACACACACACACACACACACACACACACACACACACACAGGUUUACCCUGUGACAGAAGAUGAACUUGCUGUCGGACUCAUCAUGUUGUUUUUUUAUUAUUAUUAUUUUUAUUAUUUCUAACCAUGAGU